AUGGCUUCUUCUAAUAGCUUCAAAAGUCCUCGUGUAGGUCCUGCAGUCACCUCGACUGAUACCCCGAGAUCAAGACCCCAGCUUACCUUGCAGACUUCAGACGCGUCGGCCGCGACCACUUACAACAGUGCCGACCCCGAUUCUAAUUUCUCAAGGCGUCCUACUCCUGGUGGUGCUCUGCAGCCGAUUCCUUUGCUACCUCCUAAUGGGCCUGUGAUCGAGCGAAGCAAUGUAGCAUCAGAGGAGGAGUCUGGCAUUGGGCUGCUUGAGCUCGUUGAUUACAGGAGACCUAUACGUCUGACCAGGACCUUUGCAAACGCUGUCAUUAAUUGCGAAAGAGCAUUUAGGGAGACAAGCUGUGACUUUCUGGAUAACUUCAACGAGGGUGUUGUGGUUUUUUUCAAAUCGUUUAAAGAGCUGAUCACUUCGGUCAGCUGCAACUGGAAUCCAGAGUUCUUGGUGUCAAAUCCCAUCUCCACCUUCAUCCUGUUAUUGCUCUCAAUACCCAUUGCAAUUCUUUGUGUCUGUCUGUCAUGCGUUGUCAAAAUCAUCCGGGAGAUUUACUACUGCUUCGACCCCGACGCUCGAUGCUACACUAUCCCCCGGCGCUGGUACGGCCUGCCGGCGCCUCCGCUGAUUCCACGCAAUAAUAGAUACCGUCUAGGGGAAUCUGCCGCGGCACAGGUCCAGCAGCAAGACGGCAACGGGGUUUCUUUCAGGUUUGCUGCGAAUUAUUUUAGCUCGCCGCUUCAGUCGUCGCCUGUUAGUGCUACGCCGCCUGUCCGUGCAGAGUCUCCUUUCCGAGCAGCGUCUCCCUAUCGUGUAGCGUCUCCUGUACGGGCAACGUCCCCUGAGCGUCGAUACCUGUUCGAAUAA